AUGAAAUAUCUAUAUGAUUGGAUUGAAUAUUCCAAAUCAAUAGCUAAACUACCUCAAAUAAAGAGAGAUGAAGAUUUGGAAGAUUUAAAGAUCAAUGUUAUUGAUAAAUCUGUCUCAAAUCAUAAUGGAACUGCUAAUAGAAUUAAGCUUCCUAUGGAAAUUUGGGAAAACAUUGCACAUAUUGGUAAAAUUAAUUAUUCAAUGAUGAUCAUUAUUAAUAAAUCAUUCUUCUGUACAUUUGCGCCAAAAAUUUAUGAUACGUUGAGAUUAACAAUUGUUUUAAGUCCAUUAACCAAGAUGAAACUUAAUGAUGAAGCUUUUUUAAAAAAUGGGCCUGAUACUAUCAAAAAUAAAUAUUAUGACUCUUAUUCAAUUUAUGAAAGACAUCAAGAAAGUGCAAGCUUUGAUUAUGAAUUUUUAGAUACCUCUAUUAAUGAUCAAGAUUAUUUCAAAGGUAUUGAUCCAGCUAAACAUGAAUAUUUUAGGCAUGAUCACCCUCUAAUACUCAGAUCUGAACUUAGAGGCGAAAGGUUCAAUAAACCUUUUGAAGUUCGAAGUUUAAAGAAUAUUCAAUUCAUUUUGAAGAAUAUUUUGCAAAAUCCAAAUUCAAUAAUGAAGAAAUUCAUUAAAGAAAUCUUGAUAGAUAUAUGUGUGUUUGAUGGGUUUGAUAAACUCAUGACUAUGAAACAUAGUUCAUUAAUAACUGGAUCAACUAAUGGUCAUGAAUCAAUAAAGGAAUUGAUUGAUCAAGUAUUAGAACAAAAUGAACUUGUUUCAGUUCUGAAAAUUAGUGCAGAUCAAAAUCAAGUCAAACCUUUUCAUGCUGCACCCUUGGAUGAUAACUUUGAUCGAAUUAGAUGGAAAGAUUCUCUUGAAGAUAAAACAACUAGAUUUUUCAAAAUUUACAAUAAUAUCAAAACCAAACUAGCUCAUGAAUCCAUAAAACAUGAUCUUUACUCUAUAUUUCCUCAAAAUGUUUAUUAUAAAGAGUUGUUAAGUGUCUAUUUACUUUCGGGUAAACUUUAUUCAGAUAGAUUAAGAAGACGAUUAAGUGAAUUUGAGUACAUAGAGGAAUUUGAAGCAGCUAAUCCGAUAAAACAUUGGUAUCAUACAAUUACCACUAAUUUCUAUAAUAGAAAGAAAAGACAACUUGAUCUAGGUAGUUAUUUUAGAAUGAUUGUUACUGGUCAAUCAUGUGUUAAGAUUACGAAUCGUGAAUUCAAAACUAAACAACAAGUUUAUGAUAUUUUAAAUGAUUUAUUUACGAAUGUGACCUGUAUCAAGACGACGCAGAAUGAUGAUAGUGAUCAGAUUUAUAAAUCAUCUAUCUUAAUUUUAGGAUUAGAUGAUGGUGAACCUCAACUUCCAAAAGAGUUUACCGACAAUGCAUCAAUUCCUAAUGAUGACGUUACAGAUCUUACAUUACUAGAUUUGUAUCCUAAAUUAAUUCUCAUAAAUAAAUUAUAA